UUUCAAGAGUAGGAAAGUAGCGCAACGGCGGUCGACGUGGAGGCAGUAGUGGCCGAAAACUUACGCUUGAGGCAACGGAUCGAAGAACUCCGGGAAAUCGUCCACGGCGAGCCACCGCCACCACCACCAGCAGCAGGAGCACGAGGAGCACGAGGAGCACGAGGCCGCGAAGGACGGGGGGCGGGCGGGGGAAGGGCUGGUUCCGCCUCGGCGGCGGCGUCAGAGCGAGCGGCGGCGGCGGCUGGACCGGGACUUGUAGAGGCGGCCGCCUGCGACGCGAUCCUGAGGGGACAGGUGGCGCAGCUGAGGCGGCAGGUCAGGCUGCAGUGGUGCGCCGUGGACACUAGUUCAGCGGUGACGCAAGAGGUUAAGGCGGUGCUGGGCCACCUAGAAGACACCCUCCUCGAGCUGGCCUCGUUGGGACAAGAUGGCUCGUCGAGUAGUGCUCCCCGAUCCCCCGGCGGCGUUUCCUCCGACAACGCAGUGGAAACCCGAAAGGUCCCGGCGGCGGCGGCGGCGGCGGCGGCGGCGGCGGGACCGGGGCUUGUUUUUAUCCCGGGGCGGCGGCGGGAGGGGUCUUCGGAGAUGCGGCGCUGCCCGCUUGGCGGCAGGUCCUCGACCGCGUGAAGGAUCUCUCGAGGCGGUUACGAUGGGCGGAGCAGGCGGCGCAGAAGGCGGCGGACGGAAGGAUCCACGUGGGCCAGAGUACCGGAAUGUUCCUCAGUAGUCCCCACCCCGCGCGCGGCGGCGGUGGCAGCCAGCGGCGGCCGCGAGAUAUCCGCCUCCGCGCCCUCGAUCCAGACCACUUUACGUGUCCCCCGCCGGCGCACGGAGAGUCGCACCACCGGCGAGCGGAGGCAUCCCCGGCCGAAGGACACGCUUCCGUGCUAUUAGCGGAUGACGGAGGAGGAGGAGGAGGAGGAGGAGGAAGGGAAGGAGGGGGGUCUUCUCCGUAUUCUUCCGCAGCGUUGUCACUGUCUGCCGGGCGGGCGCGCGUGCCGCCGGGCCAGGGCCGCGGAAGCCGCGGCGGCAGCGGCGGCGGAGGCGGCAGCAGCGGCAGCAUCGGUGGCGUCCGAUGAGGGGAGCGCGGUACCCGAGAUCCGCGGGAUGUAUCACUUGGAUGCGCCGUCUCUGCAGCAUUUGGAAGAGGCGGCGGCGGCGGCGACCCGCGCGCUGGAGGCUCUCUUGGUCGGCGUAGCCGGGGGUGACGGUGGUGAUGGCGGCGGCGGUGGUGGCCGCGCACCAGCGGCGUGCGCCUUGGCGGGUAGGCUGCCGCUUCCCGCGACCGUGGGAGUUGGGUCGCUGCUGAUACCGGUUGCGAGGGGAGGUUGCUCAGGGGGGGAGGGGGGGAUGGUGAAGGCUAUCGCGGAAGGGCGGGAUACGUUUCGGGGUCUCGUGGUUGCCGCUGCGGCGCUGGGAGUGGCGGUGCCGUGCUCCCCGGAGGGUGCAGCUGGUGGCGCCACUGUGCGGAGGGGUCCUUCCAGCACCCCACUUGCAAGCUAACAAGCGAUUCUUUCCGCUACCUGGGCGAGAGAAUGGAACUAAGAUCUCUUCCGCCUGCCAAGAAUCGGAGGAACGCCUUCUUCGAAUUCGCCCAGAAAAUAAAAUGCUUUGUAUAGAUGCUGGGCUUGUGCUUUGUUGUUGUCGUACACCGCUCCUUCUUCUCCUCACCCUCUUCCGUGUAGUUGUUCCUUUUCGUCCCGCUUGCACGAUCGCCCCGCUUCCCUCCAGACCAACCGACAAUGGAUAGCAACCGAACCUCACAACAGCAACAACACAGCAUCAUCAUCAUCACCAG